AUGACAAAUUGCAAAAUAAUUUCUAAGUAUGAUAGCAACUCAGGUGGAGGAUUGUUUUUAUAAAUAAAGAAUACAAAUUUUUAGAUUAAAUAAACACUUAUUACUAGUAACGAGGCCUUAGAUGGAGGAGGAGUUUAUUUUAAUCAAGAUGGAACUAUACUCCUUAUUAAAUCUGUCUUAUUAUUUCAUAUUGCAAAAUAGUUUGGAGAUAAUCUUAUUGAAUCUCCUCACCAUUUGAAUUUGCUUAUCAACGACUUAUCAACGACUUACAAAUGCAAUCUAAAAAGUAUUCAUUAAUUAGACACUCAUUCAUCAUUUAGCUCUCUAGCCUUAUAGUCUUAUUGAAUAAGGAAAACCUUUUAUUAAAAAUUAUUUAAUGAUCCCAAGUAACUAAGUUAUACCAAACUUAUUUUGCCCUCGAGAGUUCAAUAUAUAUAUCUUAUAUUAAAAAUUUUGUUCUUAUUUUAAAGAAUAGUUUAAAUGAAUAAUUUCCCAACUUUCUCAGUACUACAUGCACUCUAACAAACAAAACUAUAAAUAAAACUAUAAUAUAAAAAUAUUGUUAAUCGAUUGGGAUUAUUUGAAAAGAAUAUUUUAAAUAAAUGA